AUGAAUAGAAAACAAUACAAACGAUACGGUUUUGUGGUCACAGAUCGUGAUUACGAUAAGUGUAAUAAAAGAUUUAAAAACAAUUACAACAAAUUUGUUAAUAAUAAUAAUAAUAAUUCAGACAAUUAUGAAAAGAGAUAUACAUUUGUUGAAAAAGAAGUGUUAAAUCAAUCAAUUGAUUGUCACAUAAAUGACAAACAAGUAAUGAGUGAUAAAAGUAUUCAAAACGAUGUGACAAAUACUGCAUUCAAUACACAAUCAGUCAAUUAUUGUCACAAUAGUAAUAAUAUUAAUAUCAAUACUAAUAAUUGUCUUAUAAGUGACUCUCCGUUACAUCGACUCAUACCUUAUGCACGAAAUAAUUUAAAGGAAAAGAAAAUAAUUAAAGAAAAUAAUAUUAAAGUAAUUAAAGGAAAGUUUAGUAAACAUGAGAUAAAUAUAUUGAAAGAAAAUUGGGAUAAGUUUUGUGAAGACUAUAACUGCGAUGAAGACAUGAAAACACGUUUAUUAGGAUUUUUUGCUUUAAGCCAGAGAUAUACCAAAAAAGAGAGGACAGACUUUCGUGAAUUUAUGAGAAGCUCACAGUUUUUGCUGCGAUUGGCCAAUGGUUUGCCUAACCGUACUAUUUAUCACAUCUAUUUUAAAGCAAGAAUUAAUUUUCAUUCAUUGAAAUAUUUAAAAGAUUUAUCCGACGAUGACGUAAACAGUAUAAGGCAUUAUCAUUCAAUAUAUGGCGCAAAAUGGACUAAAAUUUCUGAAAAAUUUAUGAGUUAUCCCAUGUCAUUAAAGAUCUAUUAUAAAAAUAAUUUUAACAAAAAUGGUGAACCAUUUGAUAAGGGAAAGUGGAGUCCGGAUGAAACUAAACAACUAUUGGAUGCAAUGAGACGAGUGCUGAACACCGAUGAUCUCAAACAACAUAUUUAUACCAAAAGCAUACCGUUUAACCAAAUUGUAGAUGAAAUUGAUAUUAAUAGGAGUUACUAUCAAAUACAUAGCCAUUGGUUAGCAAAACUUCGGUGGUCAAUAGCCCAAUGGGAUCAAUUAGAGGAUAGUUGGACACAAAAAGAUACCGCACGACUCAUAUAUUGUCUGUUUAAAUAUGACUUUACCGAUGAAUUGGCCAUCGAUUGGGACGAAAUUAAGGAAAAAUUUGCAAACAUUUCAUCGUUUAACGCAUUGAUGAAAAACUGGCGUUUAAUUAAACAAACGGUUCCCUCAUUUGAAAGCAAAUCGUAUAAACAAAUUAUUGAUUUUCUUUAUAACAACUUUUUGCCACAAUUUAUCACUAAUAAUGAUAGAGGUAUUGACUAUUUGAAAGAAUUUGAAUUGUUUUUCAAUGAUUAA